CGUAGAGCCGGAAUGGAGAUCGCAGCCGCAGUUGGUUUUGUUAGCCGGUUACUCCGUAACACCGGGCUCGUCAGUCCGGCACAGCUCCAGGUCUUCGGCCGCUCGCUGCACGACGCGCUGGCUGAGCACUACAGACAUCACUGGUUCCCAGACAAGCCGUGCAAAGGCUCCGGUUACCGUUGCAUCCGAAUAAAUCACAAAAUGGACCCGUUGAUUGGCAAGGCUGCCAGCAGAAUAGGACUCAGCAGUCAGCAGCUCUUCAGACUUCUACCCAGUGAGCUGACCCUCUGGGUCGACCCGUAUGAGGUCUCUUACCGCAUAGGCGAAGACGGCUCCAUAUGUGUUCUGUACGAAGCCACGCCAGGCAACAACCUUGGAAUGUUAACCUGUAAGGACGAGUUAAACGUGGGCCAUACAAGUCCUCCCAAAAACUGCUGGAUGACCGUUUCAAGCUGAGAGGCGCUGCUGUAGUUGAACUAUUUACACCUUAAGUGGAUUUUUUUCUAAAUUCAGUGGCUUAAAAUCAUUGGAUCUGAUCAACACCACAGAAGUGGUGUCUGGUAUGGCUUAACAGUUAUCUGAAAAGGUAUUUCCCAAAGGGGUAUCAAGUAGCUUCUAAUCCAGUUGUGAAAUUAUUGUUAAAAUAGUUUCCUAACUGGGUUGUCAUGGCUACUUUUGAGUGAAUAUGGUUGGCACCUAAUUAAACUUUAUUUUGAAAAUGCAACGUUGAACGUUGGAAACUUGAUAAAGCACUGGAAAAAACACUUUAAUCCUAUGUUAAUCUUUUUCACAAAUGUGGUGUAUUGAUCAAAAGUUUAGUUUUCAAAUUUGUAUAUCACUGUUUACAAGUCUGACUCUAGCAAGUUUUUUGAAACUUUGCUAUAAGUGCACACAUCAGAUUUGUAAAGUUUCAUUGGAGUUUUGCCACAAACCUGUGUUUUUAAAAACCAGUUUUGCAUAUGUUUAAGGAGACACUGCCUUGGGCGAAACUGUGAAUGACUUGCAGGAACUUGUUCAACUGACAAGGUUUUAUAAUGCUGUUCAAAAUGAGCUUUUGGAAAAAAUCCCUUUGGUAAUGUAUUGAGGGUUUAUUCUAGUUCUCUGUACAUAAGUUGUCUAAGCUAUGUGGAAAAACUUGUACAUUUUUAAGUAUGUACAGCUGUAUUGAAGAAAUUGUACAGUUUUCUAAAACUUUUAAUUAAAGUAUACUUUUUGCUUGGAAA